AUGGCCACCAAUCUCAGCAACCUCCAGCGAGUCGCUCUCGUCCACAACACGGCCCUAUCCCGGGUCGGCAUCAAGCACUAUGCCCAUGCUUUGAUGAAGUACAACAUCACGCCGACCGCCCCCGGCCCUUUCCAGGUUUUCAAGGAAAUUGAGGAGAUUGAGUCGAGCACCGCCAAGCCAGCCGUGAUUCAACAACUCCAACAUUCUCUUGGUAUCAAGAAGCAGACUCAUACCCACCACAUCCUCUGCAAGAGCAACGCAACAGGUCAGACCGGCCGUGUCACGGCUCAAGAUGUAGAUCAGGGAUCCGAGUAUCUCGCUCCUGUCACCAUUGGCACGCCAGGCAAGACCUUCAAUCUGGACUUUGACACCGGAUCUGCUGAUCUGUGGGUCUUUGGUUCGAAGCUCUCCACGGAUCAGAGAGGCACACAUACCAUCUUCGACGCCGCUGGCAGUUCAUCGUAUAUCCCAAUGGAUGGGAGUACAUGGAGCAUCACCUACGGAGAUCAGAGCAGCGCCAGCGGCACCGUAGGAACUGACACUAUCGUCCUCGGCGGCCUCACCGUCCACAACCAAGCCAUCGAGUCUGCCGACAAGACCUCCUCCGAGUUCACUCAGCAAUCCAGCGACGGCCUGCUAGGCCUAGCCUACAGCAGCAUCAACACUGUGCAGCCAACCUCAGUAGCGACCCCUGUCGAGAACAUGAUUGCCCAGAAGGACAUCUCUGGCGCUUCUCAGCUGUUCACCGCCUGGUUUGAGCCGCCGACGGGCAAUAGCUGGUACUCAUUCGGCUACAUUGGUAUGAAAAUCUCGCAUGGAUGUUACCACAUUUUCCCAUCCACCGUCGCCACGGUGGGCGGCAAGACCGUCGAUCUUGGGAAGGACAACACCUGUAUCGCUGACACGGGAACAACCCUCACCCUCCUUGCCGACCAGGCCUGCAAAGAAAUCUACUCCUACAUCCCCGGCGCUCAUCUCGACCCAUCACAAGGCUGGAUCUUCCCGUCCUCCACGUCACCCUCCUCACUUCCCGCCAUCUGCUUCGCCGUAGGCGACCACCUCUUCCAAAUGGCACCGUCAGAUCUCGCGUUUGAAGAGCUUUCAGGUGGAAUGACAUUCGGCGGCAUCCAAUCCAACGGCAAUCUUGGCCUUGCGAUACUCGGAGACACUUUCAUUCGAGGCAUCUACGCCAUUUUCGACCAGGGAAGUAAUCGCUUUGGUGCCGUUCAACGCCCUGUAGGCAAUUCUGGCCAGGGUAUGUCGAGUGGGAUCCCUAUCACGAGCGCCGCUACUUCGACGAACGACGAAGCCAGCCACGGCCACCACGGCCACCAUGAUCACCCAGUCCACGAUGACGAUCACACGUCAGGAUUACACGAGCAUCACGGCCACGAGAGGCUACUCGAGCACCCUGCUCCUCAGCAUGACAACCAAGACAAAGACAAGCACUGGUAUGAUGCCCUGCUUCACCACCCAAAACUCGACAAGCAGCAUGAUCCCACCAGCGACUAUUCGAGUCGUAGCUCUGGAUAG